AACUUAAUUUAUUGUGUGUUUUCUUUUCUCCGAAGAAAAGGGGAAGUUCAUCAUAAUUCAUAAUCAUCCGACAAGUUUUACAAACAAACGAUAAUUGAGGUUAGUUGAAGAGAAGAGAAGAGAAGAGAAGGAAACGUUGUUGUUUGACUGUUAGUUAGUCUUUAAGAUACAUAGCAAUAGCCAUUCCCUUUCCCAACGCAUACAGCGACACACAAAACACGAGCCAAAUCAGCUAAAAAUCUCUCCUCCAAUGGCCGCCGCCUCGUCUUCCACCGUAGCACUGCCACUCACCUCAAAUCCAUCGCUAAAACUCACUUCUCUCUCGUCCUCCACCUCAGUAUUCUUCAGCUACAAUAUCAAGAACCGGGCCGGGCUCGGGCUCGCUCUGGAUCGCCCCACCAGAGCUCAGAAACGGGGAUUCUCCUGUAACUGCCUAUUCGGGCUUGGAGUGCCGGAGCUCGUCGUGAUUGUGGGCGUGUCGGCGCUCGUUUUCGGCCCCAAACAGCUGCCGGAAGUGGGCCGCAGUAUUGGCAAGACUGUCAAGAGCUUUCAACAGGCGGCCAAGGAGUUCGAGACCGAACUGAGGAAGGAUGUCGAGGCUUCAGCAGAGGCUUCCGAUGAGAAGAUUGAGACAGUCGAGGAAGGGCAGCAGCAAGAAGCUUAAGUUUCCAGCACUAAAGGGGAGUUGCUCAGUUUUGAUGUAUUGGAAGUUUGUUAUAGCAGCUUCAUUUCUUACUUGAACUAUUGGAUGUAUUGGAUACAGAUUAGAAAGGUUUGAGUCGUGUUGAAUUAUAGUAUUUAACUUUGCAAGUAUUUAGCUCCUUUUAAAUUCUUUUUUUCUGUUCGUGGAA